CCAUGUUCGCCGAUUGCGCGCGAUUUCGGUUACGCCAGACUGCGCGACUCGCGAUGCAUGAUAUCCCUUUGUGAUUGAACGGUGCUAAGAGGAAACGAUCUCCUGGUUCGUAAAAUGAAGCGACAGAGGCGAGCAUUUGAUGACGUGUGCGACCGACAGAAGAAAAGAAUUAUUGCCGAAAACGUGCGCGACCAUCUUGCGGACAUUUUUUCUAAGUCUGCUCCGGACGAGAGCGAUGGAAAUUCUGCGGUUGACGGAUCAGACGACAGCAGUGACGGAGCCAGGGAGGGUCUGAGCGCACCGCAAGUCGACGAUCCCAGAGAUCCUUGCGCGAGCACAUCAGCUUCCGAAGAAACUGAAACUCAUUUGCCAAUCUCAAGUGCAGAUGAGUUUACUUUGGCAAGCGAGCUGGCCACCUGGGCACGUGAGACCAAAGCCUGCGCAUCCCAUCUUAGCAAGCUUUUAAAGAUAUUGAAGAAGUAUCACCCGGAGCUGCCUAGUGACGCAAGAAGCCUAAUGGGGACACCAAGAUCUUGCAAUGUGAAAAACAUGGGAGCGUCCGGCCUCUACCACUAUUUCGGAAUCGAAUCGUCACUAAAACGAAUGAUGAGCUCAGGCAGCAUCACUGGAGACACCAUUUCGUUGCUCAUCAAUGUUGAUGGCCUGCCUAUAGCGAAAAGUUCCAGCAAGCAGUUCUGGCCCAUUCUUGCAUCUGUCGUCGAAAGCUGCGAUCCUGAACCUUUCGUCAUAGCUCUGUUUGUUGGAGACAAGAAGCCGGAGAACUUGGAUGACUACCUUACCGAUUUCAUUUCGGAGUUAAGCACAUUGCUGGAAGAACACGUGACCGAGGGCGGAAAGGAGUGCGUAGUUCGAGUGCAUGCGUUCAUUUGCGAUGCGCCCGCAAGGGCAUUUCUGAAGUGCAUCAAGGGCCAUGGGGGAUACUUCAGUUGUGAAAAGUGCACCCAAGAAGGCACCUUCUCUGAAAGCUGCCGGAAAGUAAUUCUUCCAGAAGUCAGCAGCCCCCUACGAACAGACGAGUCGUUUCGAAAGCAGGAUCAGGAAGGGCACCAUCAUCGACAGUCCCCAUUGGUCGAGCUACAGAUUGGCAUGGUAAGCCAAUUUCCCCUCGACUAUAUGCAUUUAGUCUGCCUAGGCGUUAUGCGGAGGCUUCUACUUCACUAUUGGGUGCGGGGACGACCUCAUCGAUCAAAGCUCCCACCACGUGCACAGACUAGCAUCUCAACAAUGCUCAUGAAACUCCAGAGACACACCCCUCGGGAGAUGGCUCGGAAGCCCCGGAGUCUUCAUGAAUUAGAGAGAUGGAAGGCCACUGAGCUACGAAACUUCCUCUUGUACUUCGGUCCUGCGGUUCUAAAAGACCACAUGGAGAAGCGCUACUACCAGCACUUUCUCAAACUGAGCAUUGCAGUGUCAAUCCUGUCAAGCCCACGACUCUGCCAUGAGGAGAUUGAUUCUGCAGAGAAGCUGCUUGAAGAGUUUGUUUCUGAUGCUGGGGACCUGUACGGUGAAGGCAUUUACGUGUACAACAUACAUUCUCUGCUGCAUCUUACUGCUGAUGUGCGGAGGUUCGGUCACCUUGACUCCUUCUCUGCGUUCCGGUUUGAGAACUUUCUGGGUCAACUGAAGCGAGAUUUGAAGUCACCAAAUCGACCAUUACAACAGAUUGUAAAACGCUUAGAAGAGCGCAGUCAUGCUGACUUGCAUCCUAGAAUACCACCGAAGCAGCAGGCAUUGUUGCAAAAGCCGCAUAAUGCCGGACCAGCACCUCCAGGAUUUAAGGGAGAGCAGUAUCACAAGCUAGUUCUUCAAGGCAUGGUUCUGGAAGUGAACCUACCAGACUCAUGUUUUCUGAUGGAAGAUGGAAAUGUAGUCGUCGCAACAAAUGUUGUGUCCCGUGAUGGAGAGAUCAAGAUCUGUGGCCAGUUUUUCAAGAGAUUAACAAACUUCUAUGCCGGCAUUGUUGACACAACUGGACUGUGUACUUUCAGGGCUUCUCAGGUUUCGUCUGCAAAUGCUUUGUGGACUGUUGAACAGGUCAAAUCAAAGUGCUGCUGGCUUCCUUGUGGGGGUGAAUUUUUGGUUAAGCCACUCUUGCACACAGGAUAGCUCAGAUAAGCAAUAUCUGCCGUAAAUGUGCUCUCACUUAUAGUGUUGUUUUAAUGAGUAUAUAAUCAUCACGAAUAAAAAUAAAGUGUGUGUGCUAAUGUCUUUGGCAUAAAUUAUGUCUUUAUGCUAAUAACUGCUAGGGGAUUUUUAAGGACAUUUCUUCUGAUUAUAAGGCAUCUGUAGGUUGAAAAUUGAGGGAUUAGAAAAAAGCUGCUAUAAAUAGAACUGUUUAUAUGAUGGAAAGACCAAAAUAGAAAAGCUGUAAGGUGAAUGUCUAAUAAAAGGUUAGUUUUCUUUUGCUCAUGAUGUGUGCUCACUACUUUAGCUCUUUAAAUGAAUGAUAAUGUGAUUAUCCUUUGACUUGGUGAUUACACGUAACUAUUGUCCCAACUGAUAGAUAUCCCAGCUAAGAUGCCGCAAGUAUAAAAAGACUGAACACUCUACGCCAGAGGUACACAACCUUUUCGGGACUGCGAACCCCCAAAGCUUCUGAGUGCCCUCCGGCGACCCCCGCCUUAACUAUUUUUGGAGCUCUCCGAGGCUCUGUAGCCGCCAGACAUUUCCCCACAACCUCCAGUCUGUGCACCUCUGCUCUACACAAGUGAAAACCACUAUGUUGUUAGCAGGUGUCUUGCGAAACGCAAGAAAGACUUGGCAAACUUUUA